GUCCACACGAGGAUAACAACGUUGACUUGUUGAAUUCCUACAGUAGUAAGUUAAUAAAAAUAUUAAUUUUGUGGUAUAUAUUACGGGGAUAUUAUGAAGAUAAAAGCGACUAGUGUCGAAGAGGCACCACCUAAGAAGAAAUUGAAGACAGGACAAUCUAAUGGGGAAGGAAAAAAGGAGAAGAUUUCCAAGAAUGGAGAAUCUAAAGGAGACAAAGUUUCCAAAAAGGGUUCAGGUGCUCCAAAGUAUGGUAAAACUAAAAACCAAAGUCUACCUACUAAUUUAAAGAAACCCGGAGUAAAAUCGAACUCAACGAAACAACUAAAAGGACAAAAAAAUAACGCAAAACCCGAAAACGUCGAUUGGAUGGAAUUCAAACAGAAGAAAAAAGAGCUUAAACUCAAAAGGAAACAAACCAAAGAAGGUUACGAUGUUAUUACGAGAGCUAAAAAAAUGGGUGAAGACUUACGAAAGAAGAAUUUAAAAGCCGAUGAGAAAACAAAUCUCAUUAACCAACUGCACAAUCUUCUUAAAAGCAAAGGCCACUAUUCCAAGUUCCUUUUAGCCCACGAUACAGCCCGAAUAGUCCAGUGGCUGUUGAAAUACUCAUCGGAGGCCAUUAUUAACGAAAUAUCGAUCGAAAUAAUCCCGUCUACAGUGGACAUGUUGCAAUCGAAGUACGGCAGCCACUGCGUUAAACGUCUCCUCAAAUACGGCUCCACCGAUAUUCGCAGGAAAGUCGUAGAUUCCAUGAUGGGGCACUCUGUUAAACUAGUCUCUCACUCCAUCAGCGCCCCCAUAGUGGAAUACGCCUACUCCACGUGGGCUACCCCUCUUCAAAAGCAGCUCCUUCUCCAGGAGUUUUUCGGCGAGCUCUACACAAACUCCAAAGACAACGAUGUGAAACACAUUUCUGAUGUGUACAAGAACGAUCGAAGUCUCAAAACCGCCACUCUGGGGGCCGCUAAGGCUAACUUAGUCAGGAUAUUGAACAAAUCUUUGCUGGAUUCCGGAUUAGUGCAGACCCUUCUGUGCCAGUUUCUCGGGGAAUGUACCGAGGAGGAUCGCAAGGAGAUGAUCGGGCAAUUGGCCUCUCACAUUGUUGUUAUUAGUAAUAGUAAAGAUGGAGCUAGGGCUGCUAUGCAGUGCAUUUGGCACGGCUCGAAUAAAGAUAGAAAAAUUAUAAUGAAGAAGAUUAAGGAGCAUUUGCUUGAUUUAUGCAAACACGAGCAUGGACAUUGCGUUAUAAUAACCCUGUUGGAUUGUAUAGAUGAUACUGUAUUGUUGCAUAAGAUUGUGUUGUCUGAUAUACUGAAAUUCUCGAAGGAAUUGGCGGUUGACGAUUGGGGGAGAAAGGUUCUAUUGUGGCUGGUUGCCCCGGCAGAUUCGUCCAAAUUCCACCCUUUGUUUAUAAACGAAUUGAUUGCUGGUAGGGAAGCUUCGACUUGCAAAAAAACCCCCGAGAUACGAAGGAAAGAAAUCCUGGAUUAUUCCAUUUCUACAUUAUUUGAUUUAGUUCGAAGCGAUUCGAGUUUCUGGUUAUCGAACGCUUCCUUAGCCAUGGAAUUAGUAGCUAUAAUUAAGAGCGGCGCAGGAGAUGAUUUAGUACAUUCCAGCAUAGUCGAUGUAAUUAUUCAACCUGACUGGAUGACAAAAGAAAAUAAUAAAGAAAUAUCUGGAAUAGAAAAUGCUGGGAUUCACAUGGCUCUGAAAAAAUUGGUCCAAUUCGAUAAGACUAGAUCAGAACGAAAUGAAAGCACUUUUGGAUCGGUUUUGAUAAACAAAUUAGAAGCAGAUACGGUCAAGCAUUGGCUGAGCACGAACAGGGGAUGCUUCUUCCUGGUCGCCUUAUAUGAAAAUGGCUGUGAAACUACCCAAAACAAAAUGAAAACCAAGUUAAAGAAACACGUGCAGGUGUUGAAGAAACAAAGUUCACAAGGCGCCAAAAUUUUGUUGAGCAAAAUUUCGUAAGAAAAAUUUUAAUAUCGAUCGAAAAUUGUUACAAUAAAUUAU